CCCACCACCCACCACUGCCAUACUACCACCAUGGAUAUCGACCAGCCGAAUGGUGACGACGCAGGAUCCUCACGCCCCUCGCCAUUUGCGGACGUCAAGCUGUCCGUUGAUGCGUACACGCUGGACGCCGCGUCGGGGAAGCGGAGAUUGAAGGAGAUCGAACCCGAUGGGAGCCUGACCUUUGAGGAGCCAAAGCCACCGCGCGUGAAAGCAACAGAGGAGCUGGCCCGCAUCUGGAACCUGUACCCCGGGGGCAUGCCUGAGCUGCGUGAGGCGGAUGUGCGUGCUGCCGACCCGUCGACAGAAUACAACGAGCCCGAGCCGGAGGAAGACAAGGGCGGCGAGUCGCGCGAACCCGGCACGCUCAUGAGCCCCGCUGAGAUGGAGAAGCUGCGCUCGGAGGUGGUGCAGGAUCUGAACAGCGCGCGCAACGAGCUGUGGUGGGUCUUGGAGCUGGCCAAGACGCUGGCAAGCAGCGCAAGCUUCACCGCCGACCCGCCGCCCGAGCCCAUCGCUGCAGCGGGUCCGCAGCGCAAGAAGGCGCCGCCCCCCAAAACUGCCGCGGCCCCCGCCCCGCCCGCCCCACCCGGCGCCAAGACGGAUGAAGUGCCCCCCAUCCUCCCACCGGGGACGUACACGACUACGCCAGCCGCGCCGCCUGAACGACCGGCCGCUGUCGUCGCGCACGAGCUUGAGCUCGCCCUCGCGGCCAAAGCCGCGGCGCUGGACGACUGUGCCGCGCUCAUUGACGCGGCGGUGGAUGAGCUGCGGCUCAUGAACGAGGCGGGGACGCGGUGGGCGGCGGAAAUACGCGCUCUGCGCCUCGGCAACGAGGGCCGCGGGCAGUGGGCUGUCGUCCCCAAGCCCGACUUCGGGCGGACAGGCGAGAGUGCCAAGGACGUUGUCAUCCCGUACGCGCUCGACGAGGCGCCGUCGAGUGUGCACGCGCGCUCAAUGGCCGCGUUCGAUCUAGACCCGCGCAAGGAUGCGCUCGCGUUUGGCGCGCGCUCGUAUUACCGCCUGCGGGUGGUGUUCCGCACCGGCGGCAGUGGCGGGCCCCAGACUGCCAGUCAGCCAUACGACGCCAACGCUGAGACUGGAGGCGCGGCGGAGAUGCUUGCCGCGGCGCAGCUGGAAACUGUCGAUGAGGAACUCUUUAACGAGCUGCGCGUGGAAGCCCUCCGCCUUGACGUUGCGCUCGUCGAGCCGCAGAACAUCUCGCUUCGCGUCGGCAAGGACAAGCUUUCUUUCCAGCUUUACGAUUCCCGGGCGCCACACGACGACUUGCCCACUUCGGCGCGUUGCGACGCACUCCUCGCCGGCGCGCGCCUUGGCCUGCUGCACAAGUAUCAGCGGCGGAAGCAGAAGCUGAUCGACAACCCGCUUGUGCCGAGCCAGAGCAUCCUCUUCCCGCUCGUCAACCUGCUGCAGUUCGCCGCGGCGUGCCGCACCGUGAGCCCUGUGCUCCAAGGCUUUGCAGAUGCGCUCAGCGCCGCCGGCCGGCCGACAAAGCUCGUGGCGCGCUUUUCGGCGUGCGAGAGCCCCGACGCGGUCGUCGGCCUCCUUGCCGCGCGCACGAAGGUCGACGUCCUCGGCGCCGUGUACACGCUCGAGAUCGAAGAAUGCCCCGGCCUCACUGUAACCGUGACUGCGCCGGCGGUGCUGAGCGUCACGACACCGCGCGCCACGUUCCCCCUGCGCGACGCGGACGGGCUUGCGCCGCUGGCGGCCGACGCCGUAGCAACGCAGCUGAGCGCGCUCGCGUAUCCCGUCGUGCGGGAGGCGGCGGGCGGCGAGAGCGUUGUGUUCUUCGACGAGCUUGACCAGGUCGUGAUUGCAGGCAGCUUGGGUCCGUUGUCUAUCACCCUACCAGCGCCGUACGACCGCGUACUUGCCUCCGUCGAAAGUGCUGCGGUGGAGGGGUACGACUCGGCUGACGCGUCGCAGAGCCUGGACGAAUGGCUCGGCGACCUUGGGCGCGCAGCGGUGACGGAGUCGUGAGCGGCCAUAGUAUGCGACUGAUUAGAUGCAACACUCAGGUACAGAUCACGUGACGAGCGGCUGUUGUGAGCAAUGUGGCACUACCUGUGGCACUGCACAGCAGUCGUUGGCCGUGCUCCGACACCUCGGUGUAGUGGCUUG